CAGAGCCUAGGUUAUGGAUUUGUGAAUUACGUGGACCCGAAAGAUGCAGAAAAAGCCAUCAACACCUUAAAUGGCCUGAGACUUCAGACCAAAACCAUUAAGGUAAGCGCCUGAUCUCUAUCGGGUAUCGCAUGUGAGUGUUCAUUCAAUUGUCCAGCAUGAUGGAAUUUUAACCUGAUAGCUUAUUCUAUUCUAAGUACACUGAAAAAUAUAUAAACGUGUUGGUCCCAUGUUUCAUGAGCUGAGUAUUUGUCUGUAAUUCCUUUUGUGUGUGAAAAACUCAUUCUGAUUGGGUGGGCCUGGCUGCCCAGUGAGUGGGCCUAUGCCCUCCCAGGCCCACCUAUGGCUGCACCCCUGUCCAGUCAUGUGAAAGCCAUAGAUUAGGGCCUAAUGAAUGUAUUUCCUUUAAAUGAACUGUAACUCAGUAAAAUCUUUGAAAUUGUUACAUGUUGCGUUUUAUUUUUUUGUUCAGUAUAAAAGUCAUUUCCAUGUUCCAUUCACUUAGUAUCUAGUGGCAAAAAUCAAAAUUUCAUGGUAGUUGUGUGCUGUCCAUGUUUUAACAUCCUGUCUGGUAUUAAGGUGUUGCGUUGUGAGGAGAGAGCCUUUAAUAACUGUGUCGCUAUGAGGCCUCAAGUAGAGCAGAACUGUUUCUAUGGUUGCAUGUGCUGCCUUAGCUCGUAGAGCGCCUGUUUAUGAUGCCGGUACAGGGAGGUGGCUCACUUACUAGCAUUCAUCUGGCAGAGCAGGUAUAGAUAGAUGUGCUAGAGAAAAAACAAAUGUGCUUCAUACAGUGAAUCAGGACCUGUGAACGCUGGGACUGAUUUAUUGGAUGCGAUUUUCCUUGGGCCGUACAUAAACAGCAUUGGCCUGAUCUCGCGGGGGAUUGCAGGGGAAAGAAAAGGGCUGUUUGCAAAACUGUAUUGAGCGAUAAUGAAGGGAUUUUGAAUGACACCAAAUUGUGUAAUGCAAGCUUGAUUACCGUUAAUGUAUAUCGAGGAUGUGGCGAGCGCCAUUGUAUUUGCAUGAAUCAAACAUAACACAGCUUUUUCUCCCAGCCCCCCUCUCAACCUCAACUAGAACAGAUGAUCUGUUAAAUUUUUUUACAUCACCUGAAAUUCUCCAGCUGCUCUGUCAGAAGUGCAAAUAAACCCCAGUGAGCCAGCAGAAUAUACUUUGCAAGUAUUAGCAUCAAGUGCAGUGUGAAGGUGAGACUGGGGGAGUAAAGGAGGGGGGGUGGUUCGAUACUUUCGCCUGUCUUUCCUUUAGGUUAGGGAGAGGGGGAAGUACGUGAGGGAAGUGUAUGGGGCGGGGGUUUCAUCGAUCGGGGAGCACCAAAAGGGAUCCUAUUUGGAGGUUUAAUUAAAGCAAGUGAAUUUUAUUGAUACAAUCCGUCAGGCAAGAUUGCGGAGAGGGUCUUGGUGGAGGACCAUUUAGCGGAUCUGACACUGUAAUUAAAUACGGCCGCGGUGCACUGGCCAGAUAAUAGACGGCCCUGUCUCUCACACAGACCUAUAGGCAGCUACGAGGGCAGCCCAGACCAGUGUGGGCAGCCCAGACUGCUCCACACUGUCCCCACACACUGGCGUACUACAUACUUAAACUGCAUACUAUUUAGCACGUACCAUUUAGUAAAAGGUAUGCCACGGCCGCAACGCAGUAGCAGCUCAUGACUGGCCGAGGAGGUGGGGCGGGGCUGAGUGCUGGUGGAAUUUUCAGAAUACCACUGUACUUUCUUACAUGAAAGGGGAGGUUAACUUGGCCCCAGACAAUCGAUCUGAGAUCUACUUAAGUUUAGUCGUUUUUUGUUAUUUUUUGCUUUGACCCCCGAGUAUAAGAUCCUGGCGUUUAAACCAUACUCGAUUUUCAAAAAUUCACAUACUCGAUUUCCGCAUACUGAGAAUGCUUCAUGUGCGAUUGCGUUGUUUCCCGUUAUUCGUUGAUUUCGGCAUUCCCCAUAUCUAAUUGAUCAGCUGUUGUCAAAGCCAAAAAGAGUAUGACAUCAGUCAUUUAAAGUAUACUCGAUCUAUUGAACAUUAUUUUUUCGCAUACUCUAAAGGCCUACUAUUUAGGACGCAAGUAUGGGUAUUCGGACACAGCCACUCUCUCCACACCUAAACUCUCACUGUGUGUGUGUGUGUGUGCCUGCAUAGAAGGAUGUUAUCCUCAGUAAAUAAAUUGAUAGGACUGUUCAGGGAUGUAAUGAUGUAUUGACCCUCAGGUAGAGUAGAUGACUAUCUGGUACCUUCCUGUUUUUUAGUACGCGGAUGUGUUUUCGGAAACAUGUAUUUAUGACUACGCUGGAGAUGUUAGUUGGGCCCAGUGUUUGAGAGGCAAUACACCCUCACAGGUUGUGUGCAGAAAACAUAUGAUGGGUUUCUGAAAACGAAUGGCUAUUUUGGUCUACAUGUAGGCAUAUAUUUCUCCCCUCAUUCAGUUCUGUACACAGGUAUGACCUCUGGAAACCAUGCUGCCUUGCUCUCAGCUCUAUCCAUCAAGUCUAACACAGUUGUUCCCCCAAUACUCUCCCAACAUCCAUACCAACUAGGGUUGGGCAUUUGAAGUUAUUUCACUAUUUGAAUAAUAUCAUGGCAUUUUUUGGGAUGUCCGGAUAGUUUCAAUAAAAUAAAUGCUCUUGACCAAUCAUAACGACAUAAAUGCAGAGGGCAAAGGUAACACAACAGCGGACAGCUGCUAUUUUCCAGUAGGUUUUGGCUAACCGCAACAGUGAAAGAGAAGUCUGAUGUUCGCCAUGAUGGAACUGAUUCUGUUUCAAAAAAGUUUUCUGGUGGGUGUUUUACAUUGAUCUGUGUCAGGUCUUGUGGAACCUCUGUAAGGUGUGUGCCUGUAAUAGCAAUUUGAAGUGGGGAAAAUGUCAUAGUCUACUGUUGUCAGGGCUGACUGGAGGGCUAAAUGUGACCCAGCACCUUGAUUCGGUCCUAUGUAGCAAAAUUUGAAAUUGUUUUUUUACAUUGGCUAAAAGUAGAGACUCAGGGCUAGUAAAUUGAAUUUCAUACAUUGCAGUUGAGGAACAAUGAGAAAGUAAGUCUGCUUUGAAAGUUGAAAAACUUGUAACCCCACUUUUGAGAAUGUUUUAGUACACCUACUGGAGAGCUCUUUUUUUGUCUACACCCAUUCAGCAUAGUUCACACCCUCUUAAGCCUUAGUUCACACCCCCACCCAAUCUCUUUAAUGAUUCACGUGUGAAGCCAUGUGCGAAACAGUGACUAAAAGUGGUGAAAGUAGUAGCAAAAAUACACUAUCUAGUCCUUGGUCUGUAUCCUAAUCUGACUUUGGUGCAGGUCAUGUUCUUCACAUUACAGUCUCUGGUAAACACACACUAUAUCAAAUAAAAUCUCAGUUUAUUUGUCACAUGCACAGGAUACAGAAGGUGUAAAUGGUACAGUGAAAUGGUUACUUGCAUAGUGUACUUUUUUUGUUUAGACCCAUAAUCCCCACCCAUAGUACCAUGCAUGAAUCUGCAGGUACCUAAAGAUAGCUAGCUAACAUUAGGCUAUAACUAGCAAUGCAAAUGGCUUUCUGACAAAAUGUAGAAACACAUAAUAUCUGGAAAUGUAUGGAAAUGACUCUUAACCCUAUACAGUGCCUUUGGAAAGUAUUCAGACACCUUGCAAAUGUAUUAAAAAUAAAAACAGAUACCUUAUUUACAUAAGUAUUCAGACCCUUUGCUAUGAGACUCAAAAUUGAGCUCCGGUGCAUCCUAUUUCCAUUGAUCAUUCUUGAUGUUUCUACAACUCGAUUGGAGUCAACCUGUGGUAAAUUCAAUUGAUUGAACAUGAUUUGGAAAGGCUCACACCUGUCUAUAUACGAUCCCACAGCGCAUGUCAGAGCAAAAACCAAGCCCUGAGGUCAAAGGAAUUGUCCGUAGAGCUCAGAGACAGGAUUAUGUCGAGGCACAGAUCUGGGGAAGGGUACCAAAAAAUGUCUGCAGCAUUGAAGGUCCCCAAGAACAUAGUGGCCUCCAUCAUUCUUAAAUGGAAUAAGUUUGGAACCACCAAGACUCUCUUCCUAGAGCUGGCCGCCCAGCCAAACUGAGCAAUCUGAGGUGAAGGGCCUUGGUUAGAGAGGUGACCAAGAACCCGAUGGUCACUCUGACAGAGCUCCAGAGUUCCUCUGUGGAGAUGGAAGAACCUUCAAGAAGGACCACCAUCUCUGCAGCACUCCACCAAUUUGGCCAGACGGAAGCCACCAGAUUCUCUGGUCUGAAUGCGAAGUGUCACAUCUGGAGGAAUCCUGGCACCAUCCCUACGUUGAAGCUUGGUGGUUACAGCAUCGUGCUGUGGGAGUGUUUUUCAGCGGCAGGGACUGGGAGACUAGUCAGGAUCGAGGGAAAGAUGAACAGAGCAAAGUACAGAGAUCCUUGAUGAAAACCUGCUCCAGAGCGCUCAGGACCUCACACUGGGGCAAAGGUUCACCUUCCAACAGGACAACGACCCUAAGCACACAGCCAAGACAAUGUAGGAGUGGCUUCGGGACAAGUCUCUGAAUGUCCUUGAGUGGCCCAGCCAGAGCCCGGACUUGAACCUGAUCGAACAUCUCUGGAGAGACCUGAAAAUCGCUGUGCAGCUACACUCCCCAUCCAACAGCUUGAGAGAAUCUGCAGAGAAGAAUGGGAGAAACUCCCUAAAUACAGGUGUGCCAAGCUUGCAGCGUCAUACCCAAGAAGACUUGAGGCUGUAAUCGCUGCCAACGGUGCUUCAACAAAGUACUGAGUAAAGGGUCUGAGUACUUAUGUAAAUGUGAUAUUUCAGUUUAUUUGUAAUCUGCAAACAUUUCGAAAAACCAGUUUUUACUUAUGAUUCAAUCCAUUUUAGAAUUAGGCUGUAACGUAACAAUGUGAAAAAGUCAAGGGGUCUGAAUACUUUCCGAAUGCACAUGGGUAAACGCUUCUCCCUAUCUGUCAUGGAUGCCAAGGUUGCCCUUAGUUUGAAGAUGAAAUCCGGAGACAGGUUUUUUAUACCACAGCCGUCUGUGUUCUCUUUUUGACUCCAACUGCAUUUUGCAAUCAUACUCUGCUUCCACCGGGCAUUCCACUGAUUUAAAAACUGUCAACUUCUUCCGUGACAACACUGUUUAUCGCUGUUUCUUCCCCAUCACUGUCAUCAGAAGACUCUACAAUGUAUGGAUCAAUGAAAAUGUUUUAACCUAAAUCAGGGAUUUCCCCAUCGUUUGAUACAUUUUCAGAGUCAGAGCGAGUCAGCAUGGCAUGAUCGUCCUCCAGAAAGUAGUCCUCCACAUUUUUUUCCCACUGAUCUUUGUCGAUACCGCCUGUUAAAUUCAGUUGUGUGCAGUAGCAACACUUGCUGUUCUUCAUGAGAUCUUUCAAAAAAGCUGCGGUAGAAAGGAUUAUCGACACAAACUGAGCAGCUCAUGUUAUAGACAGAAGCAUGCUACACGGCAGACCAAUCUGAACUCGUCUCUCGGCAUCUCCAGCCCAUCCAUUAUCUCAGCCAAUCAUGGCUAGCGGGAAGGUUCCCGUCCUUUUCCGUGGCUAAACCAACUAAGCUCGUUAUUUAUGUAUUUAUUCGUAUUUACAGAUGGCAUACACAUUUGUUAUUAAGGCACAUGAAUGUUCACAUGUUCCAGAAGGCAUUUCUGGGCCAAAAAUGCAUUUUGCUAAAAAAAAAAUGGAUUUAAUGUUCAAAUGCCUCAUGUGAUGUAGUGACAUACGCCUAGCUUCCUGGAACGGGUCACAAAUGCACUAUAAUAAUACACUUUAUUUUUAUGUAAAACGCAACAUAAAAGAUAAUGUAAGAAUUUAUUUAAAACAUUCAAAUAUCAUGGUGUAUCCUUGUAUGGAACAAUUUUAAUUUAAACAAUGUGUUUUCAUUGUUAAAAUAGACCUAUAAUUUAUUCUCUCCAAAAAUUAACACUCAAGUGAAAGAAUACUAAUUCCUAAUACAAACCUCCCACCAAAACCCACAUUUAUUUUGAUCCCUAAAAUAAAAUGUAUAUUAAACAAGCCUACUAAGCGUCUGUCCUAGAAAAAGAGGCCCUGAAACUAAGGUUGGAACCUAAAAUGUUAUGUUUUCAUCAGUGCAGAAAACACUUAAUGUCACUCCUACCCUGGCUCUGCUCCCUCCCCGCUGUUCAGACGCGGCCUUGUUUGUGGAACAUUCCAGAAGCCAUCAGGGAGACACCAAGACUCAUGAAUAUGGAUUUCCCCAUAAUUGUGGCAGAAGUAUUUUAUUGUAACGAAAUCAGCAGUCUAAAUCGGCAACCUGUUCGGAGGGGCGAGCGAGCACUGGAUGUUUAUCAUUGGAUUCAGAGCUUUUAAUUGGCCCUACACUUGUUAGACAUAACAAACACGGGAGGCUUUGGAAUUCUUCUCUUGUUUCUCCACUGCUGGUCGUGUGUAGAGGGUGUCACCACCAUUUCUCAGUUAGGUCACUAGUGGCAUUCUUCAGUGUGAAGUGUGUGUGUGUGUGUGUGUGGCUUUUACUAGAAGACACUAACAUGUCUCUUGUAAUUGCUCCCGCUCUAGGUUUCCUAUGCUCGUCCAAGCUCAGCCUCCAUUAGAGAUGCAAAUUUGUACGUCAGUGGCUUGCCAAAAACCAUGACUCAGAAAGAACUGGAGCAGCUCUUCUCGCAGUAUGGACGCAUCAUUACCUCACGCAUUCUGGUGGACCAGGUGACCGGUGAGUAGGAGCCCCCCCCCCCACACACACACACACACACACACACACACACACACACAUAUCUGGCAUACAAACAAAAUGCCUCAGCCAGGCCUCAGGAAUACAUAUCAGAGGUGGCAGUAUGCGGUCCCAAAUAAGCAAUUUUCCGCUGCAGACAUUCAUUAAAUAUGAAAUAUGAAACCCACCCCCACCCCUUCUUUCCCUCUCCAACCUCCCCCUCUCCCCUCAUGUCCUCAUUGCCCCUGAAGGUGUAGCUGUAAUGCCUGUUUCAUGGCAGAAAAUACAAUUCAUUUACAAUUGUUAUAAUAUCCAUUUCUAAACUGUCAUGUGGAAAUGGAAUCUGUACACUCCUAAUAAACAGAAUUUCUAUCGCGGAGACAUUUCCCACCCCCUCUCUGCUGCAGACAAUAUUCUCCCUGGCAAGGAUUAGGGACAAUGCUUCCAUAUGUACAGCACCAGUCAUUCAAGGGUUUUUCUUUAUUUUUACUAUUUUCUACAUUGUAGAAUAAUAGUGAAGACCUCAAAACUAUGAAAUAACACAUGGAAUCAUGUAGUAACCAAAAAACUGUUAAAUCAAAAUAUAUUUUAUAUUUAAGAUUCUUCAAGGUAGCCACCCUUUGCCUUAAUGACAGCUUUGCAUUAUCUCAACCAGCUUCAUGAGGUAGUAACCUGGAAUGCAUUUCAAUUAACAGGUGUGCCUUGUUAAUGUGUGGAAUGUCUUUCCUCCUUAAUGCAUUUGAGCCAAUCAGUUGUGUUGUGACAAGGUAGAGGUGCUAUACAGAAGCUAGCCCUAUUUGGUAAAAGACCAAGUCCAUAUUAUGUCAAGAACAGCUCAAAUAAGCAAAGGGAAACGACAGUCCAUCAUUACUUUAACACAUGAAGGUCAGUUAAUCCGGAAAAUUUCAGGAACUUUGAACGUUUCUUCAAGUGCAGUCGCAAAAACCAUCAAGCCCUAUGAUGAAAUUGGCUCUCAUGAGGACCGCGACAGGAAAGGAAGACCCAAAGUUACCUCUGCUGCAGAGGAUAAGUUCAUUAGUGACCAUCCUCAGAAAUUGCAGCCCAAAUAUAUGCUUCACAGAGUUCAAAUAACAGACACAUCUCAACAUCAAGUUCAGAGGAGACUGCGUGAAUCAGGCCUUCAUGGUCGAGGCCUUCAUGGUGGAAUUGCUGCAAAGAAACCACUACUAAAUGACACCAAUAUGAAGAAGAUACUUGCUUGGGCCAAGAAACACAAGCAAUGUACAUUAGACCGAUUGAAAUCUGUCCUUUGGUCUGAUGAGUCCAAAUUUGAGAUGUUUGGUUCCAACCACCUUGUCUUUGUGAGAUGCAGAGUAGGUGAACGGAUUAUCUCUGCAUGUGUGAUUCCCACCGUGAAGCAUGGAGGAGGAGAUGUGAUGGUGUGGGGAUGCAUUGCUGGUGACACUGUCUGUGAUUUAUUUAGAAUUCAAGGCACACUUAACUAGCAUGGCUACCACCACAUUCUGCAGUGAUACGCCAUCCCAUCUGGUUUGGGCUUAGUGGGACGAUCAUUUGUUUUUCAACAGGACAAUGACCCAACACACCUCCAGGCUGUGUAAGGGCAAUUUAACCAAGAAGGAGAGUGAUUGAGUGCUGCAUCAGAUGACCUGGCCUUCACAAUCAUCCGACCUCAACCCAAUUGAGAUGGUUUGGGAUGAGUUGAACUGCAGAGUGAAGGUAAAGCAGCCAACAAGUGCUCAGCAUAUGUGGGAACUCCUUCAAGACUGUUGGAAAAGCAUUCCUCAUGAAGCUGGUUGAGAGAAUGCCAAGAGUAUGCAAAGCUGUCAAGGUAAAGGGUGGCUAUUUGAAGUAUCUCAAAUAUAAAAUAUAUUUUGAUUUCUCUACCAUAAGCCCCCUCAACGUUGCUGAGGAGUAUUUCUGUCUGUAAUAAAGCCCUUUUUGUGGGGGAAGAAAGAAUUCUGAUUGGCUGGGCCUGGCUCCCCAGUGGGUGGACCUCCCAAGUGGGUGGGCCUAUGCCCACCCAGAACCACCAAUGGCUGCGCCCCUACCCAGUCAUGUGAAAUCCAUAGAUUAGGGCAUAAUGAAUUCAUUUCAAUUGACUGAUUUCCUUCUAUGAACUGUAACGCAGUAAAAUCUUUGAAAUUGUUGCAUGUUGUGUUUAUAUUUUUGUUCAGUAUAAUUUGAUGCCAAGGCAAUUUUGGGUUGUUUUUAUAUAAGAACGUGACUGCAGAGCAAGUGACUACUUACUCAUAUAUCCAGUCAGUUUUCGAGAAGGAAUCUUAUUCCUGCUUCCCCGUCUGCAAAUAUGUUGAACCCGGUGGUUUGACUACAGGGAUAUCAUUGACUUGUGGGGUUUGUGGUUCUGAUUUUGAAAAGGAAGACUUACAUUUCAAAUAUCAGGUGUAGGCUUGAUGUUUCAAUGACUGUUUGACCACAAAUGUGUUUGUUAUGCUGCUCAUCACUUUAUUUUCUGCCAAGUAUGUUGGCAUGGCCUUGCAAUAGACAGCACGACCAAGUGGACUGGGGACAGCCAGGAGACAUCAGGCCAGGUAGUCCUGAGGCAUGGUCCUAGGGCUUAGGUCCUCCGGGAGGGGAGAAAGGGAGAGAGGGAGAGAGAGAGAGAAUUAGAGGGAACAUACUGGAGGCUGAGACGGGGGGGGGGGGGGUCGGGAGACACUGUGGCCCCGUCCGACAAUACCCCCGGCCAGGGCCAACCAGGAAGGAUAUAACCCCACCCACUUUGCCAAAGCACAGCCCCCACACUACCAGAGGGAUAUCAACAGACCACCAACCUACUACCCUGAGACAAGGCUGAGAAUAGCCCACAAAGAUCUCCUCCACUGCACGAGCCCGAGGGGGCGACAAACCGGACAGGAAGACCACGUCAGUGACUCAACCCACUCAAGUGACGCACCCCUCCUAGGGACGGCAUGGAAAGCACCAGUUUGCCAGUGACUCAGGCCCCGUAAUAGGGUCAGAGGCAGAGAAUCCCAAUGGAGAGACGGGAACUGGAUAGGCAGACCAUUCCAUAAAAAUUGAGCUCUAUAGGAGAAAGCUCUGCCUCCAGCUGUUUGCUUAGAAAUUCUAGGGACAAUAAGGAGGCCUGUGUCUUGUGACCGUAGCAUACGUGUAGGUAUGUACAGCAGGACCAAAUCGUAGAGAUAGGUAGGAGCAAGCCCAUGUAAUGCUUUGUAGGUUAGCAGUAAAACCUAGUAUAUCGUGCUGCCUCACGUUACAGAAACAGAAGAUAGACUCCUUCCCUAUGGCCAGUUCUGGCUCGGACAGGGCUUACUUACUAUAAUGACAUGUAGCUAACCAAGUCACUCAGGGUCACGAUAUUGCAUCCGUCUAAACAUGUGACACUUGCGGUCCCCAGGUGUCUCCAGAGGAGUGGGUUUUAUCAGGUUUGACCGGCGAAUCGAAGCAGAAGAAGCCAUCAAGGGCCUGAACGGCCAAAAACCGCCAGGCGCUACAGAGCCCAUCACAGUGAAGUUUGCCAACAACCCCAGCCAGAAGACCAGCCAGGCACUGCUCUCCCAGCUGUACCAGUCGCCCAAUCGAAGGUGCCCCGGACCCCUUGCACAGCAGGCACAGCGCUUCAGGUAAAGGGGCACACCAAAAACAAACCCACUUACCUACCGCAUUCUGAUUAGACCUAAACAAAGUCAUAGCCAACCUACAAUGAUAUGGAAUCAAUUUAUUCCUCACAGGUGAAAGGAAUUAUAGGGCCCUAUAAAAUCUGUUGAAUUUUUCACCUUGUUCCAUUUAGUUUUAUCCCAAAUUCCGUUUUCUCAGUUUUGUUUUUACAGAUUUCAGAUUUGUCUGUUUUUCAGGUUUUCUCAAAAUCUAACUUUUUUUAAAAGAAAAACAACAAUGUGAUGUUCUAAGUCCACAGCAAUGGUUAAACCAUUUACAUUUUUGGGUGUAGAUACCCUUUAAUUCAAGUGUGCACCAGCAAGAGACUGGCUUGGUUAGCAGUGUUUCUGUCGCACGCACGUGAUUGCGGAUUGAUGCAAAUAAUCAUAUCAUUCUGCCAGGUUAGGCAUAGACUACUUUGUAGUUAACAUUUAAUAUAAAAGGUUUUUGGGAAAGCUUUUCCAUCUACCAGAAGACGGUUGUCGUUAGCAUCAUCGUUAACGGCUACACAAAGUGGUAGACAAAUGCACGUACACAGACGGGCGCCAUUCCCACGCCGUUGCCUCUUCAUGAAAGUUGAAAGAAAAUACGAUUAACUUAUGCAUUUUGUACAUAUCAUAAUCUUGGGCAAAUUAAUACAUUUCUAAUAAAUUGAAUACAUUUUGUUGAUUUCCUACUUAAGUUCAAUCGAUUUUUGAACAGUUUUAAUGUCUGGAUUCUGUGAUUCCGUCCUCGUUCUCCUCAUCGAUUUUAUAGGGCCCUAGAAUUCGCAUUUGAAUUGUCUCACUUAAAAGUGGAAUACUAUAGGCUACAUUACGCUACAACAUUGUUUUACUUAACAAAACAUCCAGUGUUAUUCAGAAUACUGAUGGUAUUCAUGUUUCAACCAUAUGUACUUUGCUGUGUUCCUCCUGUUGCAAAUAUCUCAUCUUGUUUAACGUAAGUGUGGGUUUGGGGGAUUUUGCAAAUUUUGGAGUUGAGUAUUUUGGUCAUUGAAACACUUGACUAUUGGAAAGCCCCCUUGAAUAAAAGGCAAACACUCUGUAAUGGGCUGUCCAAAUUGACUUAACCAUUUGAUUUCAUUUUUGGCAACCUUUUAAUGGAAUUGAAUGUAUUCUAAUUCAAACUGUCAUGUAAGCCUAAUACUUUAACCAUACUUUUCUUCCUUAGUGACUCUUCGUAUUUGCGUAUUUUAUUAAUAUGGGUGCACUUGCAGUUCAUAAUGGCUUUUUAUUCCUUUUCAUCAUGCUUUUUGACCAUAUAAUGGUACACGUUUGCCCUUUACACUGACAUUUGUGUGAAUAUACUACACAUCAUAAACAAUGUAAUUUGGAAGUAAUUUCCCUGGGGAUAUCCUGAGAGUGAAUUUGCUUUAAACUCGCGUACAUCUGCGCAUUGGCAUCUUUAAUGAAUGUGUUCAACUUCAUCAGUGUUCUGUAGAAUACAGUAUGUGCUUCAACUGAACUCCACUUUCUUCAUUUCAGGUUGGACAAUCUGCUAAACAUGGCAUACGGAGUCAAGAGGUAAUUUAUCUAUUUUUACUGAUAUUUUAUACAAGAUUUCUGUGUCAAAAGUGGACAUAGCAAAUUUCGAUUGGGCUAUAUUCCUCAGAAAAUGUCAGUUGCGGCAAUUAUGCAUAAGGACAAAUUUUGACACGUGUGUUUUCCACCCGAGAUUGUGUCUGUUAGGCCUAGAUCUUUUUCCAUGACAAUGUUCAGCAGUGGAUGUAUAGGCUGUUGGUUUGAGCGAUUCAGGGGUGAGUGUAUGGCAUUCAUUAUAGCGACUACAAUUGAGGUUGGUGGUGAAUGAAAUAUUCUGGCAUUUGUGUAAACUAGUGCGUGUUUGUAUGUUGCGGGUAUGUGGAAUUUGACUGUGUCUGUGUGUGUGUGUGUGUGUGCGUGUGUGUUAAGAAGAGCGUGUCAUGGGGGGAACACUGCUGCGCUCUGAGGCUGAUUCACGCUGGCAGGAGAAAGGCCAGUGACAGGUCACAUGUCACACAGUAAGCACAUACCUGAUCCUAUAACCCUGGGCACUCUUUCUUCCUCUCACUCUUUCCCUCUGCCUACUCUACAUGCACUGCCACUGGGGCUCAUCUCUGAAUUUUCCACUUUCAUUUGAGAUCUGACUGAUUGAGGCGGUUUAGUUUUAGAACAGUCACAAUAGGUUAAUUUAUUCACUGUAAAGGAACGUGUCUGCCCACAGACCUUGAAUUAAUACUGCUUUUCCUCAUAGUUCUCCAUUGCGCUCCGUGUCAAACUUUGUCCAUUAUUGACAAUUGUGUCCUGUUUUUAAACAACCGAGCAGCGGUGUUACAUCAGCCGCCUCUCAGGAACUUCAGACUCCAGUAUGGCAUUUUGUUUGAGCUUAAUUUCCCACACUGCCUUCCUGAAGUGUGAUUGAAGUGUAAUCCUUCAGAAGUUAAAACGCCCUUCACUGGGUGAUGGUAGACUUGUGAUUUCUCUCCCCCACUGCUUGUGGGCUGGUGUCUUGGUUGCCAAAUCCCAGGGUCAUUGAUGCUCUGAGCACACCUGUCAUAGUGCAUGUUCCCUGAGAGGCCAACUGGAGCAGCUAAUCUAAUCUGACACUGCCGAAAUAAUUCAUGCCCUCCUGUGCACUUUGCUUUUUGUUUCCUCAAACUACAUAACCACGAUUACUUACGAGCUGUGAUUUUGGCGGACUUAAUUAUUGUCUAUGUAGCCUAAAUCCCAAUUUCAUAGGGAGCGACUUCCCUCCUGGUUUUUGAGAUUUUCCAGGAAAUUUUAGAACUGGGCCAUUUUAAGGUCUAGUGUAGUCAAACAUGUCAUUUUCAUGUGUUUUCUAUACACUGAGUGUACAAAACAUUAAAACCUACUCUUUCCAUGACAGACUGACCAGGUGAAAGCUAUCAUCCCUUAUUGAUGUCACGUGCUAAAUCCACUUCAAUCAGUGCAAAUGAAGGGGAGGAGACAGGUUAAAGAAAGAUUUUUAAAACUUGAGACAAUUUACAUGGAUUGUGUAUGUGUACUAUUCAGAGGGUGAAUGGGCAAGACAAAAAAUAUAAGUGCCUUUGAACGAGGUAUGGUAGUAGGUGCCAGGCGCACCGGUUUGUGUCAAGAACUGCAACGUUGCUGGGUUUUUCACGCUCAACAGUUCACGUGUGUAUGAAGAAUGGUCCACCACUCAAAGGACAUCCAGACAAUUUGACACAACUGUGGGAAGCAUUGGAGUCAACAUGGACUAUCAUUCCCGUGGAACGAUUUUGACACCUUGUCCAUGGCCAAACUGCCAAAGGUGCUUCAACAAAGUACUGAGUAAAGGGUCUGAAUACCUAUGUAAAUGUGAUAUUUUUCAUACAUUUGUUUUGUUAUUAUGGGGUAUUGUGUGUAGCUUGAUUGGAGGGGGGAGGGGGAAGGGGGGACAAUUUAAUCCACUUUAGAAUCAGGCUGUAACGUAACAAAAUGUGGAAAAAGUCAAGGGGUCUGAAUACUUUCCGAUUGCGCAGUAUCUACAGAAAUAAUACUCCUUUCUCUUGCUCACAUUGAGGGAGAGGUUGUUGUCCUGGCACCACACUGCCAGGUCUCUGACCUCCUCCCUAUAGGCUGUCUCAUCAUUGUCGGUGAUCAGGCCUACCACUGUUAUCAUCAGCAAACUUGAUGAUGGUGUUGGAGUCGUGCUUGGCCAAGCAGUCGUGGGUGAACAAGGGAGUACUGGAGAGGACUAAGCACGCACCCCUGAGGGGCCCCAGUGUUGAGGAUCAGCGUGGCUGUCUACCCUUACCACCUGGGGGCGGCCCAUCAGGAAGUCCAAAAUCCAGUUGCAAAGGGAGGUGUUUAGUCCCAGGGUCCUUAGCUUAGUGAUGAGCUUAGUGAAGCUGCAACAAUUAUGUUGCAGCUUCAGCAACACGGACAGCAUGAUAGACACCGUUGAUGUUCUGUGGUGGUCGCUGCAGCAGGGAGGAGAGAAGAGGCAACGGGUGCUAGUCACAGCCACAUUUUUUUUUUUUUACACAGCACAGCAAGUCUGAGCCAGGCCCGGCACAAUCAAAUCUGUUGUGGUCAGACUCCCACUAGUCAUUUGUGUGUCUUAAUUAUUUAAUCAAGCAGUUUGCUUAAAGCAUCAGACAAGCUCAGUGUAUAUAGUUGAUUUGAUUAAAACACAUUUCGAGAACAGACUACUCUUGGUCGAUAAAGAUUUUUUUUUUUGUCUGUGACAGCCCUAGUUUGCAGUAUACUUGUUGAAGGGGGUGUGUCGUCUACCAUCAUUCACUUCCGGAAGUUUACUCGAAAUACGAGUGAAACAGCCCUUCACCUCAUUUUGGUAUAACGUCUUUGGUCUGACAGACGUUUACGUGACAACCAGAAUGCAUUGUAUGAUGUCAACAAACAUGGCGACACACAUAGCUGGCAAUUAGUUCAGCAUUAGCUCAUCAUAAUCAGUACAACCUUAAAAAAAUAUAUAUACACACGUGUCCAUUACAAUCUAUGCAAGAAUCGGAAUGCAUGAUUUGUCACCAGUACUUGAAAACAUGUUAAUAAAACAGUAAAUACAUUAUGCUGUAUAUAUACUUACGGUGUGCUACAGUAGAAAUGACAACACAAUAUGCAGAAACUAUAAUGAUGAAUUAAUAAGGCACUUACUUUGAUAGGAACGCACACUUGUCCAAAGUUAUUAUUUGUAGUGAAGGCAAUGCAGGCGCCAGCUGGAAAAUGUGCCAGGGAGGAAAAAGUUUGUGCUUGGGCUCAGUAAUGGCUCAAACGUAAAUUGUCCGCAACAGUGAAAUGGGCUACAGUGAGGGAAAAAGUAUUUGAUCCCCUGCAGAUUUUGUAUGUUUGCCCACUGACAAAGAAAUUAUCAGUCUAUAAUUUUAAAGGUAAGUUUAUUUGAACAGUGAGAGACAGAAUAACAACAAAAAAAUCCAGAAAAACGCAUGAAUGUUAUAAAUUGAUUUGCAUUUUAAUGACGGAAAUAAGUAUUUGAUCCCUCUGCAAAACAUGACUUAGUACUUGGUGGCAAAACCCUUGUUGGCAAUCACAGAGGUCAGACGUUUCUUGUAGUUGGCCACCAGGUUUGCACACAUCUCAGGAGGGAUUUUGUCCCACUCCUCUUUGCAGAUCUUCUCCAAGUCAUUAAGGUUUCGAGGCUGACAUUUGGCAACUCAAACCUUCAGCUCCCUCCACAGAUUUUCUAUGGGAUUAAGGUCUGGAGACUGGCUAGGCCACUCCAGGACCUUAAUGUGCUUCUUCUUGAGCCACUCCUUUGUGGCCUUGGCCAUGUGUUUUGGGUCAUUGUCAUGCUGGAAAACCCAUCCACGACCCAUUUUCAAUGCCCUGGCUGAGGGAAGGAGGUUCUCACCCAAGAUUUGACGGUACAUGGCCCCAUCCAUCGUCCCUUUGAUGCGGUGAAGUUGUCCUGUCCCCUUAGCAGAAACACACCCCCAAAGCAUAAUGUUUCCGCCUCCAUGUUUGACGGUGGGGAUGGUGUUCUUGGGGUCAUAGGCAGCAUUCCUCCUCCUCCAAACAUGGUGAGUUGAGUUGAUGCCAAAGAGCUCGAUUUUGGUCUCAUCUGACCACAACACUUUCACCCAGUUCUCCUCUGAAUCAUUCAGAUGUUCAUUGGCAAACUUCAGAGGGGCAUGUAUAUGUGCCUUCUUGAGCAGGGGGACCUUGCGGGCGCUGCAAGAUUUCAGUCCUUCACGGCGUAGUAUGUUAGCAAUUGUUUUCUUGGUGACUAUGGUCCCAGCUGCCUUGAGAUCAUUGACAAGAUCCUCCCGUGUAGUUCUGGGCUGAUUCCUCACCGUUCUCAUGAUCAUUGCAACUCCACGAGGUGAGAUCUUGCAUGGAGCCCCAGGCUGAGGGAGAUUGACAGUUUUGUGUUUCUUCCAUUUGCGAAUAAUCGCACCAACUGUUGUCACCUUCUCACCAAGCUGCUUGGCGAUGGUCUUGUAGCCCAUUCCAGCCUUGUGUAGGUCUACAAUCUUGUCCCUGACAUUCUUGGAGAGCUCUUUGGUCUUGGCCAUGGUGGAGAGUUUGGAAUCUGAUUGAUUGCUUCUGUGGACAGGUCUUUUAUACAGGUAACAAACUGAGAUUAGGAGCACUCCCUUUAAGAGUGUGCUCCUAAUCUUAGCUCGUUAUCUGUAUAAAAGACACCUGGGAGCCAGAAAUCUUUCUGAUUGAGAGGGGGUCAAAUACUUAUUUCCCUCAUUUAAAAUGCAAAUCAAUUUAUAACAGUUUUGUUGUUAUUCUGUCUCUCACUGUUCAAAUAAACCUACCAUUAAAAUUAUAAACGGAUCAUUUCUUUGUCAGUGGGCAAACGCACAAAAUCAGCUGGGGAUCAAAUACUUUUUUCCCUCACUGUACUUCUAUGUGAAUUAAUGAGGAGGCGGAACGCACCUCAAUUUGAACUGUUAGAAAAUAAAACUUGUUAGAAAAUAAUUUGAAAUUGACAAGUUGAAACAGCCUAUAGAUAAUUAGCAGGCAGCGUGCCUUGGUUUGAGGGCAGUGUGCGUUAACUGUCCUGUUGCGUAACAAUCACAUUUUGGAACAGUGAGUACAUUCCGACAUCACUCGCAUCAAAAAAAUUGCGCAGUUGCGAGCGUUAUAGAUAUUUGGAACUCAUGGGUGAAAAGUUAAUUGUUACCCAGAAAUUAUAUCAUAUUGAGAUAGAAACUGCUGCAUUGGACGUUUAAGGAAGUAUGCAAUUUUUUGCCUAAGGUGGUCAAGUGGCAAUGAGAAAAUGGGGUAAAUUUUGGUGUUUGGCGUAGCUCAAACUUAAUGUAGCCAUGUACAUGCAGUUGAAAGUGAUUGUGUCAAGUGAACAUCUUUUUUGUGCCGUUAGAUAAAACCUAAAAACAAUUUAAUGAGUUCAAUGAAAAGUCACUGAAAUACCAGCAGUUUGUAGUUCAUGCUUGUCAGUGAUGCCUGUCUGCUGUCUGGGUUUUGCAUUGACCCAUGCUUGUCUUUGUGUUUUACAGCAGGUUCUCCCCCAUUGCCAUCGAUGGAGUGACCAGCCUGGCUGGCAUCAACAUCCCGGGGAAUGCGGGCACCGGCUGGUGCAUUUUCGUCUACAAUCUGGCUCCGGAUGCAGACGAGAGCAUCCUGUGGCAGAUGUUUGGACCAUUUGGUGCCGUCACAAACGUUAAAGUCAUCCGCGACUUCAACACAAAUAAGUGCAAAGGGUUCGGAUUUGUCACCAUGACUAACUAUGACGAGGCAGCCAUGGCCAUCGCCAGCUUGAACGGAUACCGCCUCGGGGACAGAGUUCUGCAAGUCUCGUUCAAAACCAACAAAACGCACAAAGCC